CAACAACAGUCACUCACACCAUCAGAGCUGAAACCUGACCAAGCAGCACAAGAAAAGAUCUACUGAAGAACUGAGCUUAAUUGGACAACAUGACCUCUGUGCGCAGCUACUCGGUACGUCAGCCAUCUUUCUCCAGCAUGUCUGUGAGGGACAGUGGACGCAGCAUCCGCUCCAAGCCUCCUGUCUCCAUCGGCACACUGUCUCUGUCCCGCUCAGUCUCGAUGGGCAAUGGGCUCAACAUGCUGGGUUCCAGCCUGUCCUUCAAUGGUCUAAGUGUCUCUGCUAGUGAGAAGGAGACCAUGCAGGGCCUGAACGACCGGCUGGCCAACUACCUGGACAAGGUGCGCUCCCUAGAGAGGUCCAAUGCUGAACUGGAGCUGAAGAUCAAGCAGCUCAUGUUGGACCGGGCUCCAAAAGGGCAUGACAUUGAGGGUAUGAUGGCCCAGGCACAUGCCAUCGGACAGGAGGUAAGAAAGAAGACACUGGAGAACGCCCGGAUCAUGCUGGAGAUUGAUAAUGCCAAGCUGGCGGCCGAUGACUUCAGGGUCAAAUGGGAGGCGGAGGCCACCUUGUGCCAGUCAGUAGAGAGGGACUGUCAGGCUCUGAGGAGGGCAAAGUCUGACCACGAUCAGAUCAUCGCUACUCUGCGAGGAGACCUGGACAGCCUGAAGGAGGAGCUCUACUUCCUCAAGAAGAAUCACGACGAGGAGAUGAAUUGUAUAAAGGCGCGUCUGGCCAAUGAGCAGGUGAAUGUGGAGGUGGAUGCAGCUCAGGGUCCUGACCUGGGGGCCAUCAUGGCUGAGCUGAGGGUCCAGUAUGAGAGCAUUGCUCGCAAGAAUAAGGAGGAGGCUGAGGCCUGGUACCUCAAGAAGCGUAUGUGUGUACAGUUAGAUGCAGUGCAGUCGGAGGUCAAAGAAAGCAACGAGGCUUUGCGUUGUGCUCAAAGUGAGCUCAGUGAGAGACGACGUUUCCUGCAGGCUCUGGAGGUCGAACUCGACAGUCUUCGGAAGCAGGUAGGUGUGUUGGAAGGAAACCUGGGAGAAACGGGGCACAAGUACUCUGUAGAGAUGGACCGUCUCCAGGCCACACUGACUCAGCUGGAAGAUGAGUUGUCUCAGCUCCGUUUGGACAUGCAACGUAACAAGACCGACUAUGAACAACUGCUGCGCAUCAAACAGAACCUGGAGAUGGAGAUUGCCACCUAUAGGAGGCUGCUGGAAGGAGAGGAAAUGGUGAAAGAAACACCUCCACCUCCUAAAAAAGACCCAGAGGUAAGGACCAGGAAGAUUGUAAAAGUUGUUACCCAGACCAUGAUCAACGGCAAGGUGGUAGAUGAGUCCAGUGAGGUGGAGCAGAUUGAGGAGCGCAAAAAAUGAGCCAAAUUGUGAGCGAAGAAGGGGCAAAGUAAUGUGUAAGAAGAAAUUUGCCUUAAACCCAAAGUGCCUGCUGGCUGUGGACCAAUUUCCCUUUAUGUUUUAUGUUUUCCUUAUUUUGUAUUAUGUCUUAAUGCCUUAAACGUUCCAAAAGAUAUACUGAAAUGGACUAAAAAUGAGAUCAAGCCUAAAAUAUAUGAUCAGCUUGAGCCCCCCUCAACCCUGAUAAGAAUGAUUGGCCAUGGAAAAUGGAUGGAUGGAUGGAUAGUUGUCCUUUUCAUCACCAUGAUAUAUUUCUGUAGACUAAGAUGGAAUAAAAAAACUAAAUAUAAUAAUCCCCUGAACAGAAAUACCUGUAGAUUGUGCUGCGAUCUACAAAAAUGAAACACGUAACACUGUGGACAAAAAAGUCUAGACUCAAGGUCCACUUUCUAGCUUUUUCUAAGGUCUUUUAACCACAUAUAACAGUUUUUAAGGUCAAGAACGAGCUUUCAGACACACUGAAUUUAAAGAAAUAGUUUGUCAUUUGGGUGAAAUAACACAUCUUAGCUUUCUUUCUGAGAGCUAGAUCUAGCUUUUGGCAUCAGAUUGAAUAAAAGUACUUCACAAAAUGUCAAACUAUUUCCUUUAAUACAGUACAUGCCACAUAAUU